GGAGUGGCCGGCUUGAGGUGCCCAGGGCGGGAAAGGUCCUCAUGCAGGAUGCUGGGGGCACCUGUCCUGGCAGCCCCACGGCUGCUGCGCUGGGGUCGGGGCCCGGCCUGUGCCGGGGCGAGAUCGAGUUUGGAGGGUCUGGGAAGAAGCGCGGCAAGUUUGUGAAGGUGCCCAGCAACGUGGCCCCCUCCGUGCUCUUUGACCUCCUCCUGGCUGAGUGGCACCUGCCAACUCCCAACCUGGUGGUGUCCCUGGUGGGUGAGGAGCGGUCGUUUGCCAUGAAGUCCUGGCUGCGGGACGUGCUGCGCAAGGGGCUCGUGAAGGCGGCUCAGAGCACAGGGGCCUGGAUCCUGACCAGCGGGCUCCGCGUGGGCCUCGCCCGCUACAUUGGACAGGCGGUGCGCGACCACUCUCUGGCCAGCACGUCCACCAGAGCCCGAGUGGUGGCCAUUGGCCUUGCCUCGCUGGGCCGCGUCCUGCACCGCCAGCUUCUAGACAAUGCCCGGGAGCACAGCCCUGUCCACUACCCGGCGGACGAAGGCGGCAGCCAGGGCCCCCUCUGCUCCCUGGACAACAACCAGGCCCACUUCAUCCUGGUGGAGCCUGGGCCCCCCGAGGAGGGGGACGGGCUGACCAAGCUGCGGCUGAGGCUGGAGAAGCACAUCUCGGAGCAGAGAACCGGCUACGGGGGCACCAGCAGCAUCGAGAUCCCUGUCCUCUGUCUGCUGGUCAAUGGUGACCCCAGCACCCUGGAGAGGAUUUCCAGGGCCGUGGAUCACGCUGCCCCGUGGCUGAUCCUGGCGGGCUCAGGGGGCAUCGCGGACGUGCUGGCUGCCCUGAUGAACCAGCCACACCUCCUAGUGCCCCAGGUGGCCGAGAAGCAGUUUAAAGAGAAGUUUCCAGGCGAACAUUUCUGCUGGGAGGACAUCGUGCACUGGACGGAGCUGCUGCAGAACAUCACCGCCCACCCGCACCUGCUCACCGUGCAUGACUUUGAGCAGGAGGGCUCCGAGGAGCUGGACACGGUCAUCCUGAAGGCGCUGGUGAAAGCCUGCAAGAGCCACAGCCAGGAGGCACAAGACUACCUGGAUGAGCUCAAGCUGGCCGUGGCCUGGGACCGCGUGGACAUCGCCAAGAGCGAGAUCUUCAACGGGGACGUGGAGUGGAAGUCCUGUGACCUGGAGGAGGUGAUGAUGGACGCACUGGUGAGCGACAAGCCGGAGUUUGUGCGGCUCUUCGUGGACAACGGCGCUGACGUGGGGGACUUCCUGACGUACGGGCGACUGCAGCAGCUCUAUCGCGCCGCGCCCCCCAAGAGCCUGCUCUUCGACCUGCUGCAGCGCAAGCACGAGGAGGGCCGCCUGACGCUGGCCGGCCUGGGCACCCCGCAGGCCCGAGAGCCGCCCGUGGGCCUGCCCGCCUUCUCCUCCCUGCACGAGGUCUCACGCCUGCUCAAGGACUUCCUGCACGACGCCUGUCGCGGGCUCUACCAGGAGGUGAGCGUCCACUGGCGGGGAGGGGCGCGGCCGGGCCACCAGGAGACUGACGGCCCUGUCCUCCAGGAGCGGGGACCAGCCAGGCGGCCCGAGGGCCGGAAGUGGCCGCUGGAUCUGAGCCGAAAGAGUGAGAACCCCUGGCGGGACCUGUUCCUCUGGGCCGUGCUGCAGAACCGCCACGAGAUGGCCACCUACUUCUGGGCCAUGGGCCAGGAGGGGGUGGCCGCCGCUCUGGCCGCCUGCAAGAUCCUCAGAGAGAUGUCGCACCUGGAGACGGGGGCCGAGGUGACCCGCACCGUGAGCGAGGCCAAGUAUGAGCAGCUGGCCCUGGGCCUCUUCUCCGAGUGCUACAGCAACAGCGAGGACCGCGCGUUCGCCCUGCUGGUGCGCAGGAACCGCUGCUGGAGCAGGACCACCUGCCUGCACUUGGCCACCGAGGCCGACACCAAGGCCUUCUUUGCCCACGACGGGGUGCAGGCUUUCCUGACCAAGAUCUGGUGGGGGGACAUGGCGUCGGGGACGCCCAUCCUGCGGCUGCUGUGUGCCUUCCUCUGCCCGGCCCUCAUCUACACCAACCUCAUCACCUUCAGUGAGGAGACUCCGCCGCGGACGGGCCCCCGAGACCUUCAAGAGCUGGACAGCCUGGACUCAGAGAAGAGCCUGCUCUGCGGCCCGGGCAGCCGGCCGGAGGACUUGGUGGAGGCACCAGGGGCCAAGAGUGACCAAGGGCCUCGUGCUGCCUUCCUGCUCACGCGCUGGCGGAUGUUCUGGGGCGCGCCCGUGACCGUGUUCCUGGGGAACGUGGUCAUGUACUUUGCGUUCCUCUUCCUGUUCACCUACGUCCUGCUGGUGGACUUCAGGCCGCCUCCUCAGGGGCCGUCUGGGCCCGAGGUCACCCUCUACUUCUGGGUCUUUACACUGGUGUUGGAAGAGAUCCGGCAGGGAUUCUUCACAAAUGAGGAUACACAUCUGGUGAAGAAGUUCACACUCUAUGUGGAGGAUAACUGGAACAAGUGUGACAUGGUGGCCAUCUUCCUGUUCAUUGUCGGUGUCACCUGCAGGAUGGUGCCCUCGGUGUUUGAGGCGGGUCGCACAGUGCUCGCUGUUGACUUCAUGGUGUUCACGCUCCGACUCAUCCACAUCUUUGCCAUCCACAAGCAGCUGGGCCCCAAGAUCAUCAUCGUGGAGCGCAUGAUGAAGGACGUCUUUUUCUUCCUCUUCUUCCUGAGCGUGUGGCUUGUGGCCUACGGUGUGACCACACAGGCCCUGCUGCACCCCCACGACGGCCGCCUGGAGUGGGUCUUCCGCCGCGUGCUCUACCGGCCCUACCUGCAGAUCUUUGGGCAAAUCCCACUGGACGAGAUCGAUGAAUCCCGUGUGAACUGCUCCCUGCACCCCCGACUGCACGAGGGCUCCCCAUCCUGCCCUAACCUCUACGCCAACUGGCUGGUCAUCCUCCUGCUGGUCACCUUCCUGCUGGUCACCAACGUGCUGCUCAUGAACCUGCUGAUUGCCAUGUUCAGCUACACAUUCCAGGUCGUGCAGGGCAACGCCGACACGUUCUGGAAGUUCCAGCGCUACCACCUCAUCGUGGAGUACCACGAGCGCCCCGCCCUGGCGCCACCCUUCAUCCUCCUCAGCCACCUGAGCCUGGUGAUCAAGAGGGUCUUCCAGAAGGGGGCUGAGCAGAAGCGGGUGCACCUGGAGAGAGACUUGCCGGAGCCCCUGGACCAGAAGAUGGUCACCUGGGAGGCGGUCCAGAAAGAGAACUACCUGAGCAAGCUGGAGAAGCAGAGAAAGGACAGCAAGGAGGAGGUGCUGCGAAAAACAGCCCACAGGGUGGACUCUGUAGCCCAGUACCUCGGGGGCCUGAGAGAGCAAGAAAAGCGCAUCAAGCGUUUGGAGUCACAGAUCAACUACUGUACAGUGCUCCUGUCCUCCAUGGCCCCGAGCAGCACCUCCUGGAACUCCCAGAACUUCAAAGGUGGACACCAGCAGGCCUCUGCUGACCACAGAGGGGGUGCAGACGGCAGGAAGCACCCAGAGGCUGGCCGGCCGCUCUCAGACACCUGAGCUACUUGGACUCCUGGCACACAGGGCCCACCUUUCCCCGAGCCCCAGAUCAGGAUGGGCAGGCAGGGUCUUGGCCCUUAGCUGGCCAUCCCAAGGCCCUAUGAACACACCAACCUUCCCCUACCUCUAGUGCAGCCCUCAGUGGGACGUAGCUCUCAGCCUUGUCAAAAGAAACCACCCCUUGCCCUGCCAGGCACCCUCUCCACCUGGAAGCACGGUGGUGUAUAUGGUAGGCCCUCCCCCAGACUGGUGGAACCUGUGGGCCCUUACCCAAAACUGCCCAGCUCAGGCCAAAGCACCUAUCUGGUGGGCAAAUUUUGGGGCCUGUACUUGUCUCCUAUCAGACUCAUGUUGCCUGUUAAAAGACUUUUUUUUUUUUUUUUA